AAGAAAAUAAAUUUUUUCUUAAUUUAUUGUAAUUUAUUCUGAGCCUAAUUAAUGGCAAUUUAAAAAACAUAGAAAAUAUUAACUGAAUAAAAACAAAUAUUUUAGCCAUAAGUGGCUUAGCCAUUUUUUAAGUAGAGUCUAAACAGUUUUUACGUUAGGAGGUACGACGAUUGAAUCUGUGCACUAAGGUAAAAGACCCUGUUGUUGACCGUGACCCAGUUUCUGACCUUUUCAACUUUUUUCUAACUUACUUAAAAAACUAUAAUUUUAAUACGUAAAUCGAUUUUUUCUUCAUUUGUAGUAAUCUUUUCUGAGCCUAAUUAAUGGCAAUUUAAAAAACAUAGAAAUUAUUAACUGAUUAAAAAAAAAUAUCUUAGUCAUAGGUGGCUGCGGAAGCCAUUUUUUAAGUGUAGUCUAAGCAGUUGAUGUUAGAAAGUGCGACAAUCGAAUCUGUGCACUAAUUAUCAUUUAAGUAAAAAAAAAUAAUUAAAAAUUAUAACCUCAACCGGCACUCUUAAAAGGUCAGAAACUGGGUCCCUUACCUUAAUUAUCAUUUGUAUAUAAGAAGAAACAGUAAAACUAUGAGUUACCAUUACAAUUUUCGAUUAACGACAAAACCAUGGCGAAAAAAUUUAUAUGAAAAUCAUGGAUUGCCAGAUAAUUAUACAGACAGUUCAUUUUUACAUGAUCUUCGUAAAAAUAUAAAACCAAACAACGUGACUAUAAAUGAAGCAUUAACAUUAGGGGCCAGUAUAUCGAUACAAUUAAGCAUCGUCGUUUUAUUUGUAAUGGUAUUUAUUUGGCUCAAAAGUGAAUGGGCGACUCCAAAUAACAUAUUUAUUUAUAGUACAUUAUUAACGUUAAUUGGUUACUUAAUUUAUAUAAAAAAAUUUCCAAAUAAUACUGCAAGAGUACCCAAAGAUUCACGCACAGCUUUGAUAUUUUUAGUGUUCGGUUAUGUAUUGUCGCCUGUAUUAAAAACAUUGACGGAAACAGUAAGCACUGAUACCAUUUAUGCAAUGACAAUAUUUAUGUUUUUCAUUCAUUUGGUCUUUAGUAAAUACGGCUCACCGCCGGUAUCAUUAUCAGAUUCAUUAUCAAUCACAUCAUCUAUUUUUGGAUCAUUAAUGUUGGCAUCGCGUUUGAUAUCGCCGUUACAUGCAUUUUCUUUACUUACUGUUGCCGUACAAUGUUUUGUUUUGUUACCAUUUUUAUUGUCUAUCAAACAGAAUAAUAAUAUUAUUAUAUCAUUAGUGUUAACUUUAGUAGCAUUGUAUUAUUUGACUACUGUAUCAACGAUAUUAUCUUUGGUAUUUAUUAUCGCAACUGUUUUUAUUUCUGUCAUUUGUCCAUUGUGGUAUGUAAGGUGGCAAAAAUAUAAAGAGAAUAUUUACGGGCCGUGGGAUGAAGCUGUUAUUACUAAACAAUAAACUGUUAUUUAAAAAA